AUGGCCGACGCCACACCAGCAGCACCCGUCGUCUUCAAAAAGCGAGCAGGACGAGCCAACCUCAAAAAACGCGCCGCAACCCCUCCCUCAGCCUCGGAUUCUGACUACAGCAGCUCAGAAGACGAGAGCGGCGCACGUGUAAAACGCCGUCGCAAAGGCGGCAUCACUUCUUCCACCUCAGCAAUUAGCAAACCCACUCGUGAUCUAGGCAAAACCACACAAUUUGCUGGUGAUCGCAGUGCUGCGAUUACAGACUUGAACGAUGCGACAAAGACGAGUAAUUGGGUUCAUGCUGAUGAAAGUGCCAAAACUGGACAACAGCAAGAAGAGAAUGUAGAAAAAGAUGGCACAUACAAGGGCGCAAAAGGAUAUGGAAACUUUAUACAAAAGAAUCCUGAUAAAAAGAGUGUUGGACCAGUCAAGGCACCGUCGAAUAUGCGUAUGAUCACACUCGUCGACUUUGCACCUGAUGUCUGCAAGGACUACAAGCAAACUGGAUUCUGUGGUUUCGGCGACAGUUGUAAAUUCCUCCACGCCAGAGAAGACUACAAACAAGGCUGGCAACUCGACAAAGAAUGGGAAAAAGCAGGAAAGUCAAAAGCAAAAGCCACGACAGUCGCUUCAGCAAACCGCUCAGCAACAGACCAAGCCGACGACUCCGACGACGACGAAGAAGCUAAAGAGUUGGAAAAGAUCCCUUUUGCGUGCAUUAUCUGCAAGGAACCUUAUAAAAGUCCUGUGGUUACAAAAUGCGGCCAUUACUUUUGUGAGGCUUGUGCGUUGAAGAGGCAUAAGAGUAAAGGUGGUAAGCAGUGUGCAAAUUGCGGUGCGGAUACAGGUGGUACUUUCAAUGUGGCCAAGAACUUGAGGAAGUUGUUGGAUAAAAAGCGGGAGAGGAUUCGCAAGAGGAAGGAGAAGGCCAGGGAGAAUGGAGAGGAAGUGAGCAGUGAUGAGGAAAAGUGA